AGUGGGCGUGGCCUCGCCUAUCUUCCGGGGGCCGUGUCGAAUCGAUCGCCUCACAUACUUCACCGGGCGAUCUUUCUGCAGAGACCGGCAGUCAGAAUCAAUCGGAUCGAGAUGAGCGCGGUUUCUGGUUUCGGUAAAGCGCUGGUCAUCAUCACCGGAGCGUCCAAAGGCUUUGGCAGGGCUCUGGCUCUGUCCGUAGCGCCUCGUCUGGCAGCGGGCUCAGUUCUGAUCCUCGCGGCCCGAUCAGAUGACAGACUGCAGGAGCUGAAGAGUGAUUUGUGCCGCGGUGAGUCCGGACUGACAGUCCGCUGUGUGGCGGCUGAUUUAGGGUGUAAAGCGGGUGUAGAGAAAGUCGUUACCGAAACCAGAGACACCGAUCCGGACAUCGAUCAUCUGCUGCUCUUCAAUAAUGCAGCUUCUCUCGGGGACGUGUCGCGGUACUGCCGUGACUUCACGGAUGUGGACGAGGUGAACUCGUACCUGUCUCUGAACGUGAGUUCGGCUCUCUGUCUGACGGCGGGAGUCCUGCGCUCGGUGCCGCGCCGCGCCGGUCUGACGCGCGUCAUCGUCAACAUCAGCUCGCUGUGCGCGCUCCGGCCCUUCCCGUCCUGGGUCCUGUACUGCAGCGGGAAAGCAGCCCGGGACAUGAUGUUCCGCGUGCUGGCGGAGGAAGAGCCGGAUCUCAGAGUCCUGAACUACGCGCCAGGGCCUCUGGACACGGACAUGCAGCUGCAGGCGAGGAGCAGCUCUGCGGACGACAGUCUGAGGAACACGUUCAGCGUCAUGCACGCUCAAGGUCAGCUGCUCACCUGUGACCAGUCCAUCAGCAAACUCAUGACGGUGCUGCUGGACGACAAAUACCCCUCGGGAGCCCAUCUGGACUAUUAUGAUUUAUAGGGUUUGUGCCUUAAAGUCGGCAAUGAAGAGAAGUUACACUAGUCAUAUCUUCCCUACUGUGCCGUAUAUCCCAGUGAAACACUUCUCAAACAAGACCAAAUGUCGUCAUCAGAGAAGAGAAGAGAUGUGGCUGCAAGAGGGAAGGGGAGUUAUUCUGAUUCAAGAUUAUGAGGAACAUGAAUUUAAAACAAUGAUAAAAUGCACCGAUAAAUCAUUUAGAAUAAAUAUAUCCAUAAAAAACUAGAAUUGUCCAUUUUGAUUUCAUUUAAUUAUUGAUUAAUUGAGGUCAGCGUCAAGGGCAGAUGCUCUGUAAUGAACGAAUCUCAUAUACUGUAUACGUAAUUAAUUGAAAAUCAUUAUUGGAGAGAAGAGAGAGCUGUAAUCGGUGUAUUGAAGUGUUUUGAAUAUCUCAGUAAUGUGAUGAUGAGAAAAGUGCCUUGAUUUUAAUGUGUAAACUUUGGCGAGUUGUUUCAUGAGGAUUUUACUUUCAGAUUAUAACCUGAAGUUCUGGACCAAAAGAAAACUCUCUGUUUGUGAUUGUGUCAGGUGUUUCUUCAGUAUGUGCUCAUAAAAAAAUAAUUGUUUACUGAUGUUUUGUUCUAGCCGCUGCCGUUUGUCAUAUAAUGGUGAAUGUAAUGAUGUGCAAAUGUGUUUUUAUUCAGGAUUGUUUACUUUAUGUCUUGAAUUGCUUGCUAUAAUUUUUUUAAAUAAUAAAAAUAUCUUUUUAUAAUGUAUUAUUUAUAGUUUCUAAAAAUGUUUUUCAAUAAUCAAAACUUAUAUUUUGUGUGUAUUCAGUGUAAAAAUUAUGAAUAAUAUAAUGUGAAUUGUUGCAUUGCAAAGACAGCCUUAUGCCCACAUUAUCUCUGUUUUAUAUAAAGCAGACUCUGUCACCUGAUUAAAAGCCUGUUUGUUCCUGCA